CGCCACUUCACACCGCCUGUACGCAGCUCUGGUAAUAUUCCCGUCGGAAGUAGUCGCCUAUUCCCCGCAGGACCAGAGCGAAGUGCCGGCUAAACUCCUCCAGCUGGCAUCUUCGAAGACUUUCCGGUGCGGUGGUGAUGGAAUAAGAAACGCUGAGUCGGGAAAGCUCGGCGCCAAAGGCCCCGAAGCUAAGCUAGCAUUGUUUGCUAACUAGCCGGCUAGCAUAACACAUCGCGAUUAAAAUAAAAAAUAUUUUUUUGUUUUUCUUUUUCUUUUUGACGCCGACUUUACGCGACAACCGCUCGUUUUUUGUUUUUUUUGCACUUUGUGUGAGUUUGUUGUGUUUUUGUAGCUGAGAAAGUCCACUUGUGAACUAGCGAGGGGCUCAUGUGAGGUCUUUUAUCGGCCAGAGAGAUGACGGCGGACUAGUCAGCGAGACGGACUCCAGACGUUCUUCCAGACCCCGCAGGACUUGAUUUAAAACCUUCCCCCGGGUUUCUCUCCCCUGUCCCGCUAUCUGCUGGCCGCGCGCCCCCCCCUGACGGCUGUCCGAUGGAGGACCAUGACAACAUGGACUAUUUCUACCAGCAGGUGUUGCAGAAAGAUGUCAGUCGCAGGUUGCAGGUCGGCCAAGACUUCAUCGACUACCUGAGGGACCCCAGUCGUUCCACGGACGUGGAGCAGGACAAGUCCCGGCUGGACAAGACCGUGGACGAGCUGACGGGAUGGGUCAACUCCAGCAACUUCAAGGUGGCGCUGUUGGGAAUCGACACCUGUGCUGCAUUUGUGGACCGCCUGGGAGAGCGCUUCAGAGGCCACCUGGGCACAGUCCUGCCAGCGCUAGUGGACCGACUGGGAGACGGAAAGGACCAGGUCCGGGAGAACAGCCAAGCGCUCAUCCUCCGCUGCAUGGAGCAGACGGCCUCGCCCAUGUACGUCUGGGAACGACUCCUUCCUUCUUUUAAACACAAGAACUUCCGCAGCCGAGAAGGACUCUGCCUUUGCCUCAGUGCCACGCUCGGAUUGUACGGCUCGCGCUCGCUGAGCCUCAGUAAAAUAGUUCCUCAUCUCUGCACUCUCACUGGAGACCAAAACCCUCAGGUACGAGAGGCCUCCAUCACAACUAUCGUCAACAUUUACCGUCACGUUGGCGAGCGGGUACGAGCAGACUUGGCAAAGAGAGGACUGCCUGCUGCACGGUUACAGACCAUAUUCGCCCGCUUUGAUGAAGCUUUGAAUUCGGGCAACAUGGCUCUCAGCCCGAGUCACGAUCGUAGUUUCGAUGAUGACGACAGCGUGGAUGGCAUCCGCUCCUCGGCCUUCAAGGUCCCCAAAGUUCCCAAGAAGCCCGUCGAGUCAUCGUCCGCGCGCAGGCCCAGCGCCACCGGCGAUAAGCAAGGGUCCAAGGAAAGCGCAGGGGGAGUCGAUGAAUACGACUUCAUCAAAGCCUUCACAGAUGUCCCUGUUGUGCAGAUCUAUUCGUCCAGGGAUCUUGAGGACAACCUGAACAAGAUCCGGGAGAUCUGCUCUGAUGACAAGCACGACUGGGACCAGCGCGCCAUUGCUCUGAAGAAAAUCCGCUCCCUGCUGGUGGCCGGCGCUACCACCUACGACUGCUUCUACCAGCACCUCCGCCUUCUGGAUGGAGCCUUCAAGCUGUCGGCGAAAGACCUGCGGUCCCAGGUGGUCCGAGAGGCCUGCAUCACUGUGGCACAUCUUUCUUCCGUGUUGGGGAACAAGUUUGACCACGGGGCUGAGGCCAUCGUACCGGUUCUCUUCAACCUCAUCCCCAACUGUGCCAAAGUCAUGUCCACUUCUGGUGUGUCCGCUAUCCGCAUAAUCAUUCGGCACACGCACGUCCCGCGCCUCAUCCCCUUGAUAACCAGUAACUGCACCACCAAGUCCGUGUCUGUACGCAGGCGCUGCUUUGACUUCUUGGACUUGCUGCUACAGGAGUGGCAGACCCAUUCUCUUGAGAGGCACACAGCAGUUUUAGUGGAGAGCAUCAAGAAGGGGAUUCGAGAUGCAGACUCCGAGGCAAGAGUAGAAGCCCGCAAGGCUUACUGGGGCCUGAGGAACCACUUUCCCGCCGAGACGGACGCCCUGUACAACUCCCUGGAGCCAUCUUACCAGAAGACCCUCCAGUCCUGCCUGAAAAGCUCCGGCAGCGUGGCGUCGCUUCCUCAGAGCGACCGCUCGUCGUCGUCCUCCCAGGAGAGCCUCAAUCGGCCUCUGACUUCAAAGUGGUCCGCAGCCCCGGGCCGAGUCCCCACGGGGUCAAAGGGCGGGGUGACAUCAGCCUCUCUGCAGCGAUCCCGUAGCGACGUGGACGUAAACGCCGCCACGGUCGCUAAGCAGCGGCACGUCGGGCAGGCCAAGGGAGCAGCCCGCAUGUGCCCUGGCUCCUACUCCUCACUGGAUGAUGCCUCUGAUAAAACGGAUGGCCGCAUGCGCGCCAAGCAGCCAUUGUCCACCCCGAGCAGCAUGUCCAACCAGGUGGAUUCCAGAGGGCGGAGCCGCACCAAAAUGGUCUCCCAGUCACAACGUUCCGAAGAAUCCGAUUGCACACCAGGAUCACAGUCUGCUAACCCUGCCGGUGCUGGCAGUCGCAGCGGCUCGCCCGGCCGCCUGCUGACCACCACAACGCUGAGCACCAUGAGCUCGGGGACCCACCGGGUGCUGGCGGGGACCACCGGGGACGGCAGGAGGCGCAGCCGCAUCCCUCGCAGCCAAGGCUGCUCCAGAGACUCCUCGCCCACCCGUCUGUCUGUCGCUCCCUCCAGCAUUAGCUCUGUUUACAAUGGCGCCAGCAGAGGAGCUCGGGGCAGUCGUAUCCCCCGGCCCAGUAUGAGUCAGGGCUGCAGCCGAGAGGCCAGCAGGGAGAGCAGCCGGGACACCAGCCCCAUUCGCUCAUUCGCACCCCUCGCCACACGGAGCUACUCUCGCUCCACUGGAGCUCUCCACACACCUGAUGCUUUUGGGGCUGCAGGGUCCAGUUUCGGCAUGGGUCAGUCCAGCCGCCUGUCAUCCUCGGUCAGCGCCAUGAGGGUCCUCAACACCGGCUCAGAUGUAGAAGAGGCUCUUGCAGACGCGCUGCUGUUGGGAGACAUGCGGUCUAAGAAGAAGCCAGCACGGCGGCGGUACGAAAACUACAGCAUGUACUCGGACGACGACGCCAACAGCGACGCGUCCAGCGCCUGUUCAGAACGAUCCUACAGUUCCCGGAACGGAGGAGCCAUCCCGACGUACAUGAGGCAGACUGAGGACGUUGCCGAGGUGCUCAAUCGCUGUGCCAGCGCCAACUGGUCUGAGAGGAAAGAGGGCUUGUUGGGCCUCCAGGCCUUGUUGAAGAACCAGCGCACCCUCAGCCGUGUGGAGCUGAAGAGGCUGUGCGAAAUCUUCACCCGAAUGUUUGCCGACCCCCAUAGCAAGCGAGACUCCGGCAGGGUGUACGGCACGGCAGAAUCCGGUAUAAGCUCAGCCUCCUUCAAGGUAUUGCAUCUCAUCACAAAGAAAUGCAUCGUUGCCUUCUUUUGUUCCUUCAUCUCUCCUGCACUAAACCUCACACAGACAACACCUCCAUGCUGGAUUGGUGUCCACUUGAAUUCUAAUCUUGUGUCUCUUUUUCUCCUCCAUGCCGCUUUCCACCCCGGAACGCCACAGAGAGUGUUCAGUAUGUUCCUGGAGACGCUGGUGGACUUCAUCCAGGUCCACAAGGACGACCUGCAGGACUGGCUGUUUGUCCUGCUCACACAGCUGCUCAAGAAGAUGGGAGCGGACCUGCUGGGCUCCGUGCAGGCCAAAGUUCAGAGGGCGCUGGACGUCACCCGCGAGUCCUUCCCCAAUGACCUCCAGUUCACCAUCCUCAUGAGGUUCACCAUGGACCAAACUCAGACUCCCAACCUCAAGGUGAAGGUGGCCAUCCUGAGGUACAUCGAGACGCUGACGCUACAGAUGGAAGCUCCUGACUUUGUCAACUCCAGCGAGACUCGGCUCGCCGUCUCCCGCAUCAUCACCUGGACGAGCGAACCCAAAAGCUCCGACGUCAGAAAGGCGGCCCAGUCGGUGCUGAUUGCACUCUUCCAGCUCAACACCCCCGAGUUUACCAUGCUGCUGGCGGCUCUUCCCAAAACCUUUCAGGACGGAGCCACCAAGCUGCUUCAAAACCACCUGAAAAACACGGGCAACGCGGCACAGGUAUCUAUGGGCAGCCCUCUGACGCGCCACACCCCUCGAUCUCCGGCCAGCUGGCCCAGCCCGGUUACCUCCCCCACCAACACCUCCCAAAACACACCCUCACCAAGUGCAUUCGACUACGACACGGAGAACAUGAACUCCGAAGACAUCUACAGCUCGCUGAAAGGUGUCACCGAGGCCAUCCAGAACUUCAGCGUGCGCAGCCAAGAGGACAUGAACGACCCGCUCCAGCGGCGCGACGGGGACGAGGGCGGCAGCGGCAUGGAGUCGGUGGACGGCGGCCGCAUGGCUCUGGACAACAAGACGUCCCUCCUCAAUACGCCGCUGCUGUCCUCCAGCCCGAUGGAACAUCGCAGGCUGCUGAUGGACUCUCCCUUCAAACACAGCCGCAAAGAUAGCAGCCUGGACGACUCGGAGCAGCUCACCGACGGUACAAAAAUCCUCUUUUUCCUCCGCUGUGUUUGUCGCGGCCUUCAUAGUUCCUGUGUGUGCGCAGACAGCAGCAUGGCCCAGUCGGAGCUGAUGGCCGAGCUGCUGAAGGAGCUGUCCAACCACAACGAACGCAUCGAGGAGCGCAAGGCGGCGCUGAGCAAGCUGCUCAAGCUGAUCCACGGAAACACCCUGCAGGUCUGGGACGAGCACUUCAAGACCAUCCUGCUGCUGCUGCUGGAGACCAUGGGCGACCGAGAGCAUGUCAUCCGCACCCUGGCGCUGAGGGUUCUGCGGGAGAUCCUCAGCAAGCAGCCCUGGAGGUUCAAGAACUACGCCGAGCUCACCAUCAUGAAGGCCCUGGAAGCGCACAAAGACCCCCACAAAGAGGUGGUACGAGCGGCGGAGGAGACGGCGGCCAUGUUGGCGUUGUCCAUCAGUCCGGAACAGUGUAUCAAAGUGCUGUGUCCCAUCAUCCAGUCGGCCGACUACCCCAUCAACCUGGCAGCCAUCAAGAUGCAGACCAAGGUGGUGGAGAAGAUCCCUCGCGAGAGCCUCGCCGGUCUUUUGCCCGAAAUAGUGCCAGGACUCAUACAGGGCUAUGACAACUCCGAGAGCAGCGUGAGGAAAGCCUGCGUCUUCUGCUUGGUGGCCAUCUACGCCGUGAUCGGGGAGGACCUCAAACCGCAUCUCAGCCAGCUGUCCAGCAGCAAGCUCAAGCUGUUGAAUCUCUACAUCAAGCGCGCCCAGUCAGGCUCCAGCGCCAGCGACCCCUCCGAGGGCCUAUAGGGGGAAGGCGCCCUCUUGUGGUACUGCAACCCCGCCGCCUGUUUUGUCGUCGUCGUCGGCUCACGCGUGCCAAGAACUAAAAUACAUGGGCACACUUGUGGACUUGAGUCUGGACUUGACAGUGACACAUUAACCCGCUGCCCAUCCUCCCCCCGAGUGACACUUGUCAAAUACAUCCUCCACCUGGCCACCUGUUGUCACUCAUGGAUUAUGAAGAUAUAGAAAUGUCCGUCCUCCACCACCUCAUUGGCGUUACCACACCCUCUCUCCCUCCCCGAAAAGUAGCUCACUGGACUUUUAUUUUGGCGAGUUGACUUGAUUUCUCCCCUAAAAGUAAGGUGCCUGGUUUGUUUUAUUCUGUGGAGUCAAAAUCCAUGUGACAGGAAGUACACAACAGAAGGUAGCCCAUUUUAUAAUGAUUACAAUAUUCAAAUGGAAUAUGCUUUUCUUUGGCUCCUCCCCCUCAGUCACCUGAGAAAGGUGUAGGAAUGUAUGAUUUUAUUCCCUUCCAACAUCAUGUCCCCCGCUCAAUUCUACUUUUAUUAUUAUUAUAACUCGCUUUUAUGUAACAUUUUCACUCUUAUUUUGGCUCCUGACCCUUCCUCCCUCAUGUGUAUUUACAAAAUGUGCUUACGAUAAAAUAAAGAACUCGUUCAGAUCA